AAAGGUGUAGAAAGUCGUCCCUGGACGAACGCUGUCUCCUCAUUUCCUCAACUUUCGCGCGCUAAGUUUUUACACCGCGAAAAAAAACUCCGGCCGGCAUCUAUCAUCGUAGGUUACGCUUCGUCGUCUUCGGAAGAAGAUAUGCGGCGCCUCGUAGUAGCAUCCCUUUUUCUCCCCAUCUUCGUUCUGCUCCGUUUGUGCGAUCCCGCACUUGGUCUCGGCGAAGUCAUCUACGCGAUCAACGCCGGCGGCGAGGAACAUGUGGACGUCCACGGCAUCCGCUACAAGCGCGACCCUCUCUUCGGAAAAGUUGGCACUGCCUCCGAUUCCGGCAAGCUUCUAGUCAUCGGUAGGGCUCCCAGGCAGGACCACAUCCUGUACCAGACUGAGCGUUAUCACACGGCCACUUUCGGCUAUGACAUCCCCGUCAACAAGGACGGCGACUACGUCCUCGUGCUGAAGUUCUGCGAAGUGUACUUCGAUUCGCCGGGCCGAAAGGUCUUCGACGUAGUCUUGAAUGGCCAGCACACAGUGGUUGCCGACUUGGACAUCCAUGCCAGGGUAGGGCGAGGAGUCGCUCAUGACGAGUAUAUUGCCUUCAGCAUCAAAGGCAACAAGCUGCGAAUCAACGAUGAAGAGUCCACCCACGACGGAAAGAUUAAGGUCGAAUUUAUCAAGGGCUACCGGGAUAACCCGAAAAUCAACGCCAUUUACGUGAUGAGGGGGACGUUUGACGACGUGCCCGAGCUUCCCCCAUUGGAAGAGAUUGAAGAAGAAGAGGAUGAAGAGGAGGAGGAAAUUCCCACAAGGCACGCUUCUGGCGACUCCUCUCCCGGAUCCCAGCACCAGCCGCGCAGGCCCUCGGGGCCUCGUAGUCCAAACCCGUACACGGGAGACGACAGCAGCGCCCUCCUGCCCAUCUUUGUGGCCAUCGGAGCCUUCAUCCCGCUGCUGUUCUGCCUCUGCAAACUUUGAGCGUGUCCCCCGUGUUUUGUGGGGGCCACGGUGUCCCACUGUCUUCGAGAGGUGAUGGGGAAAAGGGAGAUGUCAGGUGGGGGCUUGUGAUUGGGGGGGCAGGGACUCAUUUUUGUGUAUUCUUGGACUGCAGUUGAAGCUUUUGCCUUCACAUUGGGAGCUGCUCAAGGAAUGGGCGGUUGGAAGGAAGCACCAUGGCAACAGCUUCCGCUGCAGUUUGAGGCUUGGAGGGAUCCUCCACGGUCUCAUCGUGUGACUGUGUGUGGUGGUAGUUGCGCGGUUGCAAAGCAACAAUGUUGCAGCUUUUCAUUUCGAGGUCCCGGAACAACAAAGUUGGCGGGAUGUCUUAGUGCACCGUUGCUGUCUUGCCUCUUCAGCCUCCGCAUCUGUCGACCCAUGCACUGACUGCACCAAAGGGCACCAAUGAGGAUAGCGGUGAGGCGGCAACAAUGUGUUGAAGCAUUCUAGUCUAAAGGUCCGGUGUUGACUGAGGCCUGGCCCUCUUGGCCUGUAAUUGUGUCAUCAAUCUUCAUUUCUCUACACGUAGCAUGGAACAGUACUUUGGCACAUUGUGUUUCAUUCCUUUCAUCAUUCGACGUACAGUCAGUCUUUGCUGGGACUGGGCGAGCCACGUUUGCAAGCCAACUUAGUGUGCAUCGGUUGUAUGGGUUUUCGGGUUGUGAUUUUGGCCUGGCAUGAGGAUUGUGAGUGUGAUUGAAAU